AUUUUUCUCCCACAUAACAAUAUAUCUCAGUUAUCGUAUUUGUCUCUUCUUUCCUUUUUCGGCGUAUUCUAUCCCACCACAUUCCUCUGCUGCGCAUUAGGAAAGUCAAGGGCGUUGCAGAUGUCUGCCUCGACGGUAUCUCGUCAGAUCGCCCGUGCGACCCUGCGCACCACCGCCAGAAACACAUUCGCGACCUCUUCUCGACAGGCUUUCCGACAACAUGGCCGCCGUUUCUACUCGUCCGAGCCGGCUAAGUCUUCAGGGUCGUCCACCCUACUAUACUUAGCGGGUGCUGCCGUCGCAGGUGGUGCUGGUUACUAUUUCUACGCACAGGGUGGUUCGGCCGGUACCAAGGUCUUCACCCCCACCAAGGAGGACUAUGUGAAGGUGUACAACGAGAUUGCCAAGCUCCUCGAGGAGCAUGAUGAAUAUGACGAUGGUAGCUACGGUCCCGUUCUCCUUCGUCUGGCAUGGCACGCUAGCGGUACCUUCGACCAGGCAACUGGUACUGGCGGUAGCAAUGGUGCCACCAUGCGAUUCGCCCCCGAAGGUGACCACGGCGCGAAUGCUGGCUUGAAGCAUGCUCGCGACUUCCUAGAGCCUGUUAAAGCCAAGUUCCCCUGGAUUACCUACUCCGAUCUUUGGAUCAUCGGUGGCGUUGCUGCUGUCCAGGAGAUGCAAGGCCCCAUCAUCCCGUUCCGGCCUGGUCGCCAGGACCGGGACGCUGCGGCUUGCACUCCUGACGGACGUCUUCCGGACGGAGCUCAGGGCGGAGACCACCUUCGUAACAUCUUCUACCGCAUGGGUUUCAACGACCAGGAAAUCGUUGCCCUCGCUGGCGCCCACGCUCUAGGCCGAUGCCACACGGACCGAAGUGGUUUCGAUGGCCCGUGGACUUUCUCCCCCACUGUCCUGACUAACGAUUACUACACUCUUCUCUUGAACGAGAAGUGGCAGUGGCGUAAGUGGAAUGGUCCUAAGCAGUACGAGGACGCCAAGACCAAGUCGCUCAUGAUGCUUCCGGCCGACUAUGCCCUUGUCCAGGACAAGGCUUUCAAGCCAUGGGUAGAGAAAUAUGCCAAGGACAACGACCUCUUCUUCAAGGACUUCGCCGCUGUCGUUAAGAAGCUUUUCGAGCUCGGCGUCCCCUUCAAGCAGGAUACCGAGACUAUCAUCUUCAAGCCUACCAACGCUUAAAGAUUAUCUUAUGAACAUGAUACCAUUAUAUAGAUCUAGAGAAGACGAUACUAGACAAGACGUUAGAUCAAGACGAAGACAAAGACGAAGACAGAUAAUGCUAGAGCUAGAUCUAGAUAGACCUGAAACUAGAGACGAUUCAUGUCGUUAACGACGAAAGAAAGGAGGAUUGAGGGGAAGAGGGGUACCCUGCAAAGAGCAGGUUGGAGAUCUUAUAUAUUAUGUAUG